AUGUUACAUUCUGUAGAGGACGCUGCUAUGAUUAACGCUAACAAUGAAAAAAGCAAUGAUGAAAAUCCUAUUUCUCAAACCCCCGCAAGCAGUGUUUCUCAAAGUUCUACCUUUGAUCGUAAAUUUUAAAUAGAAAUAGCACUUAGAUUCAUAAAUAGCACUAAUGCUGCUAUAGUCAAAUUCAAAUGAGUUUUGCUAAUUGCUGUAAUUUUAAUAUAGGUCAUUGCUAUGAUAGGAGCAAAUAUAGGAAUUUUGAUAUAUAUUGUUGAUGAUGUUACUCACACAGACUCUUUAGAAACAUUUAACCACCUUGGACAAAUCAUGUUUUAUAUUGGCUCGGUUGCAGAUCUUUCUAGAUCAAUUGACAUAGAACUAUCUAGCGGAAAGUAUAACCUAACAAGAGAUUUAGAGUAUCUAGAAAAUGAUAUAAAAGCUCUUAAUGCUUUGCAAAACACUAUAUUAGAUGACAAGUCAAUGUGGAACUAUUGCCCGAGCUCAGAAAUUGUACUAAAAAAUAUUAUCCCUAUAUGAGAAUUCAACAAAAACAUUGCAACUCUAAAAAAGUAUAAUUUGUAUGAUGUUGUUUCUAAAUUUAUAGAAAAUGUAAUUUUUACACAGGAGCAAGGCUUAUUAAAAGAUGCUAGAAGCAAAAAUAUGGAAUAUAUCGAUCAUAUAAGAUGACUUAUGAUUAAUAGCUUAAGCUUCUCGUAUCACUACAUAGAAAAAGCUUUAUUAGAUUUAGUUUAUUGUGAAAAAAAUAGAGUCGAAGAAACUGGAAUAAAGAUAAAUGUCCUUUUGCUUCUUGGAAUAAUUAUCCUUGGAAUUUGUUUAGGCGUGCUAAUAUUUUUUAUAGUUUCAUUUAGAGUUGCAUAUGAAAAAUUUUGAAGUUUUAUUAAGAAAUCUGUCGUCUCCAAUUAUAUUUUAAUAAAGCAGGCUGCUUUAGAUCGCCUUGUAUCAGUCCAUGGAAUUGAUGUAGGCCAAGACAAUAAUUUUUUACAGAAACCAACAAAUUCCAAAAAUUUCCAUAUAAAAACAACGCUUGCUUGAAAAUUCAGCUGAAGACUGAGCUUUUUUGCCAUUGUUUCAUUAUCUUUCUAUUUGCUGACCAUGCUUUACCUGUAUAAAACCUGUAAAUUUUAUAUGAUACAUCGCCCAAAGCUCCUCCAAAAUAUUAAUGUCCGCAGAUCUCUAUUAUCAAGAAUUGGGUUUUAUGCAAGAGAUAUAGCGCUUUGUCAAAAUUUUGGGAGGCCCCUGGCAUGUGGAGAUGUUCUCCACAUGUCAAAAAUAUUUCCACGCGCGAAACCACUAUAUUUCUGUUAUUUCACAUGUAGAAGUAUUUCUGGCAUGUGGAGGAUAUCUCCACAUGCAAGAGGCCUCCCAAAAUUUGGGCAAGGCGCUAUAUGAACUUCGCAGUUAAUAAAAGAUACUUUCCAAACUCCUAUAGUUUUGCUAACUCAAGCCUAGAAUUUUACAACCUAGUUAAUCGAUAUAUCUCUGAAAGCAAUCAAUUACGCUCGCAUGAUUUGUCAGUAUUGCUUUCCCAUAAAUUAAAAGUAAAUUUCUAUGAAUCAACGAAUUAUUCAGCUGAUUUUUUGGACUUUGGAACAAAAACGGCCAUAAAUAUUUUCAUGUUUGAUGCUUACAAUAUUGGCGGGCCUGGCGGGAUUCGUCCUGAUAAAGAAAUAUCAGACUUUAUAGCAAAUUUCACGGUUUUGCAAGAUGCUUUGGCUGACGUAUUUUAUAUGGCAGAUUCAAGCUCUAAACAGGUUAUUUCUGAGCAGUUAAAUUUGAUGAUAUGAAUCACUAUUAUUUUCUCUGCUGGUUUGGCCCUAUUAUAUUUAUUUUAUUAUUUACCAUUUAUCAAAACUUAAAAUACGCACAUAAAAAUGGUGCUGACAGACCACACGACUUCCUGACCCUAUUUCUUCAGCACCAGCAGGCAACGUAACAUAGUGAGGAAAUGGGGCAGAAGGAGGCCGGAAACACUUAUGUUUAUCGGGCUGGGUUUUCUCAGGCCACUUGGAGCUAAUUUCUGGUACUUGAAUUUUGCCCCCAAAACCAUAUUGGAAAGGAAAGACUAAAAGUAGCCCUGAGAGGAUGACAAGUUCCUCGAUCAGGGUUAAGAGGUGACAUCUGUCUAAUGAUAAACUGGGAGUUUCGAAACAGAUGGUAGUCCUACAGACUCCAGAAGUUAUGGAACCCAAGUCGGUAUGCAUGAAUUGAUUGCUUUGUGGCGGCGAGAAGGGUGCCUACUCUGGCCUCCUUGUGAAACAAAGAGAAUCUAUGGGUAAAAAUCCCAGCCCUGUUAAGGACGAAUGCGUUUUAGCAUUAAAAACUCAAAAUGAUUUUUUGAGAAAAAUAACAAUUUUACCAAAAAUGAUUUAUCGGAAGUAA